UUGUUAAUGAAUUUAAUUGGCUUCAAUAUUAUCAACAUAUCUAUAACCAAUAACUUAAAGGCUAUAUAUUCUAAUACGUUUGUUUCUGAAAAAUGAGUUCUAGGUAUAACAUCAUAGUAGCAGAGGACUUCAACAUGAAACGAUUUGCAUUCCUGCUUAUAGUUCUCUGUAUUAUUAAUAUAUCAGGGGCAGUACCAUACAAGGACAGAACUAAACGAUCUGCAGACGAUAGUAACGGUUCAUCAGGAUCAGGCGAUGUGUCAGCAUCUGGAUCAGCAGAAGGGUCGUCGUCUGUAGGAUUUUCAGGCUCUACUAGUGUAUCAAUUUCUGGUGAAGGAAGUGUACUAAUGAAAUUUGUGGAUGUAGUGCAAAAGUUAAUAUCUCAAUUUAUCUCAUCUCUUUUAAACAUAAUUUUAAAUCCAAUUAGACCUUUAAUUGAAAUUGCGAGGACAUUUAAAGACGGUGUGGUGACGAGCAUUCCUGGCCUCAGUUGGAAAACAACUAAGGAAGCAGAUGGCACAAUAAAAUCUUCUGUUUCAAUUAAGGUGGGUAACAUUCUGCCAGAUAUUCUCAAAUUGCCAGUCACAAUAUCUGGAAACGUCGGAAAACUUAUCCUCAGCUCCAUGACAAACGGAAUCGCAGUGCCUUUUAGAAUCAUAGGAACACCGAUUACUAUUGUUAUGAAUAUUUUGAGCCUAAUUCAGACUUUUGUAACAAAGCUCGGUCCAAUUAUUAUACAGAUAUUUGGAAAUGUGGGCAAAGCUAAUGCUGAGCUGCUCGUUACCAUAAUCGAUAAAAUUAAAGGAAUACUGGGAAAUAUAGUACGUAAAGUAGCAGGCAUCCAAGUGACUAUAGCAAGUGGUGGUAUAUCUUUAGUUGGUUUUGGAAGAGAUCGCGUUUUUGCUGUUAUAAAAACCAUAUUUACCCUGGUAUUAUCUAUCCUUGAAGGAUUAGAAAAAGUACUUAAAGAAGCAAAAGGAAUAUUUGCUGUCGAUUAUUUCCUCAGUUUACCACUAAUCAGCGAUAUCGUUUCUUUAAUUCAGGGUGCCAAGAAUGGGACUUUAUCUUUCGCGUAUAUGCAGAUUAUUGACUUCCGUAACUACAUAACCAGUAUAAUAAACGAGCAUAAAGAAUUCUUCGGUCCAAAAAUAGAAAGCUUUUACAAGAUCAUCGCUUCAAUUUCCUUAAUUAUCCAAAAUUUAGUUGGUAUACAAAUAUUAUCUACUGGAGACCAAAUGGGUAGUUUGAUUCUUACCAAAGGCGCUAAUGGUGAAACAUCAUGGACACGUUAUGGAAUAUUUGCUGACAACUCACCAGAGGGUGCCAAACUAAUCUCUGAAUUUUGUUCAACAAAUAAUCAGAACUCUGGAGAUUCGGCAACUGAAAUGCAACCUCAAAUGCCACCUGGAAUGUCACCACCGCCGAAACAAUUACCGACAUUUAUGCCGCCGCCAUCGUCGGAACCAGAUUCAGAUGAUGAGUGUGAAGACGGAACUGGUGAAUCGGGUUCUCCAAAUGAUAGUGAGUGCGAUGGAAAUGGAGAAGAAUCACAAUCACCAGGAUCAGAAUCUGGAUCGACCUCAUCUCAAGGAGGUCUAAAUAGCGACGCGCCUCCGGCUGAUGGUGGUAUAAGUAUGGAACCUGCUGGUUAUUCUCCAGGUGGUGGUGGUGCAAGUACGUCAUCUGGUGGCGCUGGUGGCGCUGGUGGCGCUGGGGGCGCUGGGGGCGGCUUUAAUUUUGGUGGUGGAAUAUCUAUUUCAGGCUAAAGCUCCUCGUCGAAAGGUAGUUCCUAAGAGUAUGCAGUAAAGAAAACUUAUUUUAUUGUAUAUUAUAUCAAUAAAUUGGAAUUAUCGGUA